AUGGACUCGACUCGACUCGCAAUUGCCGUCAAGGAUCAAGACACUCUCAAAGCCGGCGUUGUCCCAGAAACUCAAUCCAGAAACCUUACUGUCCCCGGGACCUUUUUGGCAUUUCCCACGCCAGUGCUUCUGCAUGUUCAUGGCGUUCGUCGGGGUCGUGCCACCUUGGCUGGCGAAUCCAUCCCUGGAGCCCAUACCGUAGGUGGAGCUCCUCCCCUCCUGAACCAUACUGCUCUCAAACAUGCUCAAGAGCCGUCACCCAAUGAGUCACCGGCAUAA